UGACGUCCUGCGUAAAUAAGUUCGUCAGCUUGUUAUUACCUGGCUUGUCUUCCUUUAGCAGACCCUCUCCUGCUUUAGAAAUACCAAAUGGCAGCUCAAAAAUUACAUAAAAGUUCUCGGAAAUAGAGCGGAACCUACUUUUUUUAGUCAACACAGCAGGAACUGCCACCUGAUUCUGUAACGUAAAUCGAAAGUAAGCUUCGUGGAGAGUGUUUGUUUAGUCAGCUAACACGGGUUAGCACAACACACAUCCACCCCGUGUACUUUCUCCUCCGUUUCUGAUUUUUCCAGCCUUUUCACUGUGUUAGGGAGUUUAUCCGUGGUUUGUCCCGGAGAGGAUGAACUGGUUCUUCCCCCCCAAGGGCUCCGGGGCUCUGCCUGCUCUCAACAGCCUGCAGCAGCAGAGGCAGCGGCAGAUCGAGUCGCUCAAAGCCGCACACCCCAGCCUUGCAGAGAUCCAGAAAGAUGUGGAAUACAGAAUACCGUUCACAAUCAACAACUCCACAAUUAGUGUUAACAUAUUGCUGCCUCCUCAGUUCCCUCAGGAGAAGCCAGUGGUUAGUGUUUACCCGCCUGUGGGUCAUCAUUUAGUUGACAGCAAUAAUGGCACCAUGAUCUCAAGCCCCCUCAUCACUAAUUUUGGAAUGCACUCAGAUCUAGGUAAGAUCAUUCAGAGUCUCCUGGAUGAGUUUUGGAAAAGUCCUCCUGCCUUGAUGUCCUCUGGAUCUGCUGGUUUUCCAUACAGUAGUAUGUACAAGCCAUCAGGAAUCCCUCCGUACCCGACUCAAGCCUUCCAUUACGGUCCUCACCAUGCGGGUUCGGGUCAGACGCCGCCUCCUGGUCCUGGCCCAGUCCCAUCACCGGCCCCGAUGCCUCACCCAGGGCUUGAUAUUGGUCACGGGCCCCCUCGAGCUCUGGCCCCAUAUGGACUAAUAACUGACCUGCCACUGCCUGUACCUAUCGGAGACUUGCAGGCUGGACUGAAUGGACAUAUGUACAAGAUGCCUGAGAUUCCAGAGUCCUUUCCUGAACUCUGUGAUCUGAAUCUGACCCAGUUAUCGGAAAUGUCUGAAAAUGAGGAUGUUUUGCUGGAGUGUUUUGUGAGAUUACCACAACUCAAACAAGUCACUGGCGAUAAAGAAGAACUAGUUACCAGUAUUGUAGAGAUGGCCAAAAAAAACCUUCAAAUGGAGCCACAGCUAGAGGGAAGGAGGCAAGAGAUGCUCUACAAGUACGAACAGCUGACUCAGAUGAAACUGGCCUUUGAGACAAAGAUACAAAGGCAGCAUGACCUCAGUGAGAGUUGCAGUUUAAGCACUCUACAGGCUCGGUUAAAAGUUGCAGCUCACCAAGCAGAAGAAGAGUCGGAGGAGACGGCUGAAAACUUCCUGGAGGGACGCGCUGACAUUGAUGAAUUCCUGACCAGCUUCAUGGAGAAGAGGACGCUUUGCCACAGCAGAAGAGCCAAAGAAGAGAAGUUGCAACAGUCCAUAAACACACAUGGACAGUUUCCAGUCAGUCACUAGAACACUAGGUUUGGUGUUUUCCCACCCAACUCUUGCUGACUGGAGAAAGAAAAAGACACUUGAUUGAGGCCGAAAGCACAUUCAACAAAGGGCACUUUGGAGAAAUAGGAAGAUGGUGAUGGCACCGCUGGGCCGAAAAAAGAUGUGACCAUCUGAAAUAAAAAAGAAGAAAAAAAAAAUACCACAGGAGGCCAGAAUGGGUUCUUUGGCAUCAGGACACAUGCCUGGCUGAUCCAUGACUGGAUUACUAAGGAUCGAUCACUUUGUGGAUAAUUCUCUUUGCGCUUUCAUUGGUCAAGUUUUGAUUUGACAGUGGGCAGAGUUUUGUCUCUGUGAUUCAUGUCUCACUACUCGGUGAAGAACACCUGCUCAUGUUUAGAUCGUUUGUUGGGAAUACAUUUUGAAGAAAGUAAAAAAUGCUUAGUGCACAGCAGUACAGUUUUGUAAUUCUACAGUGAGAAAGUAACCCUUAUCGAUAAGAAAGUAUUGAUAAGAAACAUGGAAUGCUAAGGUUGGUGUAUUUGCUCUCUGAGAUAAUUGUCCAGUCAUUGCUUUAGGUCGCCUCAUAGGCCUCCUUACUUACUUUACAAAGAUGCUGGCGUUUUCAUGGUUAAAUACAACCGGGAGAGUCAUAUUGAUAAGUGAAUUGUCCAGGCUAUUCUUCAAUUUAACAAAGCAAAUUUAGGAUUUUAAAACGAUUAACUGGAGCAUAGACAGGGCAAUGCUGGCAGCGACUUUUUGUCUCACGAUCUUUUGACAAAAACUGUGGAAAUUGGUUUAUUAUUUAUAAAGUUAUUGAGUUCAACACCUUAAGGAAAGCCUAAACACAGUCUUUAUAUCAGUGUGUUUGCAUAGACAAUGACACAUUUAUCUAACACAUUAAGGCAGUUCCCUGAUAACCCUGGAAGUAUAUAGAUAUGAUUCAUCCAUCAUACAUAUGAAUAUAUAUUUUUAUUCACAUCAAACCAAACAGCAGUCAAGUAACAGGAGUUUUGAGUUAUUGACUUUGAAGAUGUUUUCUGCUAAUUAUUGAACUCAGCUCAAUGAAUUUCUAAAGAGAAGACAUUUAAGCUGCCAAUUUAGCUGCACUAUCACUGUAGUUCUGUUUCUUUAAUUGAGUUACUUGUGUGCAUGCAAACACACUGAUCACCACUUUGCCCUUUUAUUAUGGCUCAACUUCUUUCUGGCACCUUUAAACUUGAACUUUGUGAUGAAUGGCCUCAAAUGAAAUGGGAUAAUGUUGAGGAAUGUUAGGUUAAAUGCUGUGAUAUAGUUUGACAUCAGAUACUGUAUUCAAAUCUUACUAGACUAUAUCAUAAUCAAAGAUUCGGACACCUUGUAUAAUAUGUUCUUAUUUAAUUUGUUAGAGUAAUAAAGCAUUUAAAAUAA